AUGGAGCAAGGCUGCUCAGGAAUCCCAGGGUGGGAAAGUGGGGCCGGGCAGUGGAGGGAAGCACCUACUCCUGGGGAUGGGGUGUUGACACCUUUAGUGGGGGUUGGGGAGAGGAAGCUCUCCCAGGAACCACUGGCUCCCACCCUCUGCACUCUGCCCACGGCUCAGGCCUCCCACAAGCGUGGGCACCAGUGUCCUGCAGAUAAGGGGGUUGUGUGGGUUUUCCCACCGGAACAGGCCAGUGGGACUUGCUGGGGUGUAGGUGGCUGGGCCACAGGUGUGGGUGGGUGUCACAGGCGAUGGGGGAGGCUGGGGUGGGAAGGACGUGUCCACCUGCCACGCUGGGCCCCGGCUUCUCAGGGCUGUCCCGCUGGGCAGGGGUCCCCCACCCUCAGGGCACCUGCUCCUCCCGGGACGGCUCCUCCUUGGGGUCUUCCCUGCACCCCGGCCUCGAGGCCCCUCCGCACAGGCUCCUUUCAGCCCCGUCUCCUACGACUGUUCAUUGCCGAGGAGCCCCACGUGAUCCGUCCCCUGCCCUACUGGCACCGACUCUCCUUUAUCCACUGGGAUGCCCACACUCCAUGGGACGCACGGCCACACUGUGGAUGGGCACUGCCCUCUACACUCAGCCCCACCCAGCGGCCACUUCUGUCCACAUCCUGCUGGCUAGAGGCCUGGGCAUCAGACACCCCUAGACCGCCUGCCCCAUGUUUGAGCAGACCCCACCUUCUGCCCUGGGGAUUCCUGGCUGGGUGGUCAACAAGGGGAGUCUGGGGGUUCAGCACCCAACUCUGCUCGGCCAACAUCCCCCUCGGGACUCACCUGGCCCCUGGGGGCCUCGGACACUGGGAGCACGGUGGACAGUUCACACUGAGCUCUCGCCUAGACGGUCCCAACCCAGACACAAAUGCAGGAACUCUUCCUCCUCCAGCAUCCACAGUCACCCAGGAUGCACCACGGCACCCAGACCCAGCUUCCUGACCCAGCCCUGCCCCUUCCUAGCUCAGGCCAGGGCCUAGGAGACCCCUCCACAUCCCUCACCCCCACCCUACCCCAUCACCUCCCUUCCACCCCCACCCCUUCACCUGCCUCCUGCCCCCCUCACCUCCCUCCCACCCCAAACCCUUCACUUCCCUCUCACCCCCACUCACCUCCCUCCCACCCCCAUCCCCUCACCUCCCUUCCGUCCCCACCCCCUCACCUCCCUCUCACCCCCUCCCCUCCCUCCCACUCCCUCCCUCCUACUCCCCGGCACCCCUCAUGUCUGGCUCCCUGGGAGGGUGACUCUGUCCUCAGUGUCCUGUCCGCCUCCACUGAUGUCCGCUGACUGCCAUUCACUCAAGGCUCAGCCUUCUCAGCCCCCCGGGCAGGACGGUGCCUCCUCCCGUUACUGCCGGAACUCCCCAGGCAGAGUGCAUGGGUUUCUCACCUGGAGUUGCUGAUGUCCGCUGACUGCCAUUCACUCAAGGCUCAGCCUUCUCAACCCCCUGGGCAGGACGGUGCCUCCUCCCGUCACUGCCGGAACUCCCCAGGCAGAGUGCAUGGGUUUCUCAUCUGGAGCUGCUGAGCCCCACCUGUGUGGGGUCCUGGGGCUGUCCCAGUCCUCAGAGCAGGCUCAGCUCAUGGUGAGUGCUGGGGGGUGGGGAGGCUGAAAGAAGAAACUAUAGGUGAGGCACCUGCAGGUCGGGAGGGAGGAGGGGCGGGCGGGGGAGGCGCCUUUAGGAUGAGCCCAGUGAGGGUGACCCAGGGGACACAGUGCAGAUCCCAGGAGCCCACACCCACUGGAGACCUUAGGGAGAGCUCCAGGCCCAGCACACCUGCCCCAGCCUUAGCCCAGGAACCCUGCCCUGUCGGGGAAGGAAUGUGUGGAAUGUUCCAGCAAAGAAGAGGUGAGUGGCACGGAGACCCUGGCCAGGUGAGGGACAGUGAGACCCUGGCCAGGUGAGGGGCACUGAGACCCCAGUGACCCCCAGGAGUGCUGUGGCCUGGAAGGAAGCAGAGGGGAGCUGACCAGUGAGCUGCAGGCCUGCCCACACCUGUGGCCCUGCUGGGACCCCUGGGGGCUUGGGGAGGGCUUUCUGGGGCUGGUGGCCUCCCAGUUUGGGGAGGUGAUGUUUUCACUUUCAGAGUUCCCACGAAAAUGAGCUCGCAUCCCUGGGGAUUUUCUGCUUGACCAGCACCCCAUGAGACUGCCCUUGUGCAGCUGCCAGCCCAGCCCUCCCUGAGCGCCUUCCAGGGCCUGGCCCCAGGUCUGCAGGCAGGAGCCUCCGUGUAGGCAGCACCUGAGAACUUUCAGGUUUAUUAAGGCGGAGGUGAUUGAGGAGUGAAGCGCAGGGGUUGGAGGUGAUUUUGUCCCAGGUGGAGAGGGUCCUGAGCUUGGCAAGAAGGCAAAGGGCAGCUGCAUGAGUGCACACACGGCUGGCACAGAGCACCAGCCUCCUGGGGCCCACCCUGAGCUCAAGCUCUCGAGUCAGGGACGCAGACGAUGGGCAGAGCCGUCCUGGCAUCAGGGGGCAUCCAGAUGGCUCCUCCUGACAGACAGCCAGACUCUGCAUGCAGGUUUGGCGGCACCGGCUCCGGGUUCUGGGCCCGCCUGGAGUACCUGCUCUGGCCAGGAUGGGGUCAGUUCCCUGCAUCCCUGGGUGUGGGCCAGGGCUGGGCAUGGGGGGUGGUAAAGUUUGGGUGUCUCGAAGGAGAACACUGAGUCCUCCCAAGAGUCCCAGGCAGGACAGGACCUGGGUGGGGGCAAAAUGGUGGCCAUGGCUUCCCGCCCCACGCUGUCCUCAACGCCUCAGGGCUUGGGAAACAGCUCAGCAAGGAGGAACUCAGGGCCCUGUCCCCGACUCCAUCCUGGGGAACCGUCAGACGUUGUGAGGCUCGGCCAGCCUGGAGGUGGCAUCAGAGGGACUGCUGUGAGCAGAGGGCACUAUGCAGAGAUUCGAAGAGUCUGAGACUCCGAGACCUGCCUGAGGGGAGGGGGCUCAGGAGACGGAGUCCAGGCCAUGACCUUGACCUGAGGGCUAAACACGGAGCAGGGGGAGGAAGGGCAGGGCCAGGACAGGAGAACCCAUGUGAGGAAGAGGAGGGACGGGGCCGGGAUGGCAGAACCCACGUGAGGAAGAGGAGGACGGGGCCGGGAUGGCAGGACCCACACAAGGAAGAGGACGGGCCUGGGAUGGCAGAAUCUAUGUGAGGAAGAGGAGAAUGGGGCUGGGACGGCAGAACCCACACGAGGAAGAGGAGAUCUACCACCCCUGUGAUGGGGACUGAGGGUCGGCCUCUCUAACAAGCUGCUGGUGAUGGUGACGUGAUGUGAUGAUGUGACAGGGAGGGCCGGCUGUUCCAGGUGCCUACUACAUCUGGGGACUUCCUAGCAGUGCCUCCCUCACCCAGUCCUGGGGAAAACUCGGCCCGCUGGACCACCCGACUGCCAGCUGCUGAUCCAAUGCAGGAGGGAGCUCCGGGGGACGCUGGGCUCAGUGCCAGGCCUCGAGGCUCUGCUAGCAAACCACGGGCUGCCCUGCCCUCCUAGGGCUGGGAGGUCAUACUCUGGGUCCUGGCCUCCCUUCACUAGUGUGUGCUCCUGAGCCCGAGUCCCUCUGAGAGGAGGAAUACGUUUCCCGGGAUUAUAGCCAGACGCUCCAUCUAGUCAGGUGCACCUGGGCCACCUGCAGGAGGAGGCCCGUGGCCCCAGGAAGGCUCUCCCUGCGCUCACCCGUUUGGCAUUUUCUCCGCAUUGAAGUUAUGUUUUUGAACCACUAAAAUACAUGUGUUAUUUGGGCUCAGCCCUGGUGUUGGAGUAAGAGCUUCUAAAAAUAAAUCCUUGCUAAGCUCCCACAACAGAUCCUCCAAGCCGAGGCUCAGCGGGACCAGACGCUCACCAUGUAAGGCUGCCGAGGGCCAGCUCUGAGCGCCAUCCCCCUCUUCUCUCCUAGGUCCCCCCAGGCCAAGGUGUUGGUCGAAUUCCUUCAAACCUUAGGGGAGAUUCACAGGAAACAAGAGGGAGUCUGGACCCCAGGUUGAAACGGGCCAGGAGCAGCCAGGUGGCCGUGUGGCCCCAUGUCCAGCCGCAGGCCAGUGGCAGGGCAGACCUUGGCUCUCAGAGAGCAUCUUAAGCCUGGACAGAGCCUUAUAAGGCGCUCCCGGGGCCGUGACACACACUCCAAGAAUAGCCUCCAGGCUUUGUCUUCUGACGGGCUGGCGCCAGGGUCCCGCAGAGAGUGCCCGGCAGCCAACCAGGGGCCCGUCAGGCACAUGCACACCGGCCUCCUUCCUGCCAACCCGCUGAGCUGGGGUCUCCCGGGGCUGCGGGAAGGGAAGUGGAGGAAGGACACAGCCCCGCAGCUGGCAGGUGCAGGCCUGGGUUCUCAUCCUGGUGCUGACCCCACCUGGUCAGGCAAUGCCCACACGGGACCAGACUAGGACCCUUAACCUUUUCUACUGCAUCUUGCUGGCUGGCAGGCAAAGCCUCUGUGCUCACGGAAUGCCAUUUAAAAAUUCGUCAUGUAACAUACAGGACCCUCACCCAACCAUACUGCCAUGCGGCAAUAAAACAUUUUAACUGUGUUGAUGGCAAACAU